UUUCGACUAUCGACGCCGAUAGGUUGACGAUGAGUUUCACCGGUAAGGUCGUAAUUAUAACCGGCGCCAGCAGCGGGAUCGGCGCUAGCGCAGCGGAAUUGUUCAGCAAAGAGGGCGCUCACGUCGUCAUCGUCGGCCGUAACCAGGACUUGCUCGCCGCGUCAGCGGCACAAUGCAACUCGCCCCUCGUGGUCCGCGCGGACAUCACCAUCGAAAGCGAAGCCCAGCGUGUCGUAGACGAAACAAUUAAAAAAUUCGGCCAGAUCGACAUUUUAGUAAACAACGCCGGCGGAAUACCUUUGACAAUUGGUCUUCUUGAAGAUGGCGUGAUGAAAGCCUAUGACGAUGUUAUGAAUCUCAAUCUUCGUUCGGUCGUUCAUUUAACGACCCUAGCAGCGCCACACCUAAUCAAGACUAAAGGUAAUAUCGUGAAUAUAUCGAGUACGGCCGGGGUGACGCCACCGUUUCGCCCAGGGGUGUCGAACUACUGCGUCGCAAAAGCAGGUUUAAAUCAUUUCACCGUCUGUGCCGCGGUUGAGUUGGGCUCUUACGGUGUGAGGGUGAACGCAAUCAGUCCUGGACCAGUCAGGACUAAUUUUAAGCAGAACUCUAAAUCUCCUGGUACUUAUGAAGACACCGCUAAGAUCAUGCUUCUCAAAAGGGUAUCAGAGCCGGAGGAAAUAGCCGAUUUAAUUUUGUUCCUGGCGAGCAGCAGGGCCAAAAGUGUCACGGGAGUUAACUGGUACAGCGACAAUGGUUGUAUUAUUCAACGUUAAUCUCGGUGUAGUGUUUUAUAAAUAACUUUUUCGUAUUAAACGUAUUUACUAUA